ACAACCGAUCGACGUUGACGGCAUAUUGUAAAAAAUUUUCAACAGUGAACAACGUUGCACACGCGAAUUUGUCAGCCGUGAAAAAAUCGUAAUAUCUGCAACGAAAAUGUGCUGGAAGUGAACGAAAAUAAGUGAAAUUUGUGCUCAAGAUAAGCACCAGAUUUUCGCUUUUAAUUGAUCAAGUAGUCCUGAAACCUAAAGGAAAAGUGUAAAAGAUUGGCGAAAAAAGUCUCUUCGUGUGAACCAGUGCGGAGGCAUUCCCUCUUUUGUCAAGUAGAAUUUUUUUUAUCCCGAUCGGUAACAUACCAAGUGUGAUUUGUUGAGAGCAGAGUGAAGUGAGAAAAUAAAAGUGCAAUUAUGGCGGCGACGCUCAGUCCGACGGCCGUAGACAAACGGGCUAAGGAAAUCGAAACCGAAUAUCUGUCCAGUCUAGCGGAUUUAAAUGUCAACAGUAAGCCGUUGAUCAACAUGCUGACGCUGCUAGCCGACGACAACCUGAACUAUGCCCAGAUCAUCGUCGGCACCAUUGAGAAGCAUCUAGCCAAGGUUGAACCGGAUGUGAAACUGCCACUGCUGUAUCUAGUCGAUUCCAUCGUGAAGAACGUCGGUAAAGAGUACCAAUCACUUUUCAGCCAAGUUAUAGUGAGCAUGUUUUGCGGGGUGUUCGAAACGGUCAACGAACGAGUGCGUGAAAAAAUGUUUAGUUUGCGGCAAACGUGGAAUGAUGUUUUCCCACAGUCUAAACUGUACGCUCUAGACAUCAAAGUCAACGCGAUCGAUCCGGGUUGGCCGAUAACCGCACAGCUCAAAUCCAAGUCUCCCGCUAUCCACGUUAAUCCGAUGUUUCUCAAAAACAAGGUUGCUGAACCGAAUCUGGACAUGCAGCAACAGCUGCGAGAUAAGCAACGUGAGCUGCUAGAGCUUCAGGCUAAAAAGCUUGAGCUAGAGCUGCUUGCGACAAAGAAACGCAUUGAAGAGCAGGAGAAACAGUUAGUUCUGCAAACAGCCAGCGUUUCAAAAGAGCCAACUCCAGAGUUAAAACGAGCAGUCCCUGCAGCCCGUCCAGCAUCAUCCUCUUCGGGGACAGCUCCACGUGGUCGCAUCGCACCUCCUAACCCUGCUAUGUUGAAUCUGGUGAAGUCUCGUGAUCCACGUUUGGCUCGGCAGCAAGCACAAAUGGCAGCUCAAAUGGCGGCGGCCAGCACAAACACUACACCGACCGCAAUUUCUAGUGUACAAGUACCUCACCAACCGGUAGCGUUGGAUCCUUCCGGCAAACCGUUAAGUAUUAGGGAACGUCUGGGGAGAAUUCCCAAGCGAGUCGACCCCCGGACAAAAGCGCAAUCUGGUGAGGCCGAUCAGAAGAAACCAUCUAGUACAACAAGUAGCAGUACCAUCACAUCCACCACAUCACACAAAUCGCGCGAUGACUAUGAGUCUGGUAAAAAGCGUGACAGGAAAGAAGACACCAAAACUAGCAAAAAUUCCUCCAGCAAGUCAUCCGGUACAGAUAAGAAGAAACCUGCGAGUGAAUCGUCAGCAUCGUCAAAGAGUAGCUCUCCAUCGAAAAAGAAAUCAUCGUCUGUAGAUAAAUCCCCCUCUCGAGGCGACAAAUUUUCUUCCAAGCCGCGCGAUUCCAGCAGCAAAACAAGCAAAAGUAGCAAAAACUCUACUCGCCGUGCUCAUGAAUCGUCGAACAGCCCGGACAAUUCAUCGAUCUCACCGGUAUCAAGCAGUGAGAAUCUGGUUCCCGUGGCAAAUGACUCCAAGGAUGUGGAUCUACGGUUGCUCAUCCCAGAGAAAAAGCUGAAAUUGGAGCAACCUUCCCAGCAGGCUAAACUUAUUAGCAAACCACUAGCCGAACAAAAGAAAAUCCUGGAAGAAGCACAAGAAGCAGAAAGUAUUCCAUCACCGAAGGACAUCGAUCUACGAAUCCCGCCACCUUCAAUACUGCUUAAAAAAGGUAGCGAAAACAUUGCAAGUCCCGUACCGGCGGCGGUUGAUUCUAUCUCCUCUGCGGAAGCUGCUUCUCUUUCAACGGUUAGUCCACUAGAUCAACCCACGCCCAUGGUUGAGGUCGUCAAAAAACGACCCAGCAACAACAGCAAGUAUGAGGAACCAAUAGCUAAAAAGAGCAAGUCGGAGAAAAUAGAUAUUCUUUUUGGAGCCGAGGAUGUAGACCUGAGAAAAUUGACUGCACCUAUGAACGCAGUUGACAUAGUCGCCCCACUGCCGCCUCCUCCUCCAAUCAUAUCGGAAGCAUCACAACCUAUGAGUAUUCCACACACCGAUUCUUCAGAAAUGGUGAAUACAAAACCGUCGUCGAAAGCUGCGCUUGAGGCGGUACGGGCGAAAAUUGCUGAGGCCACGAAAAAAGAUCGGGACAAAUUGGGUCGCCCGUUGUUGUACAACAAACUACCAGACGAUCCUGCGGAACGUCGUCGCUCGUUCAAUCAACCCAAACCGAUGGAUGUAGAUUUACGGCAGAAGCAACAUAUGCUGCAGCUCGCGCCGAAGGAUAUUAUUACAAACGACGACAAUUCUCAGGACGGGAUGAACGCCAACAUCAAAACUAUUAUUGCCCAAGCACAAGAACAGAUGGAAAAGGGUGAAAUAACUCUAGAGCAGUACAAUAUACUGAUGAAACAAGUAAUUCAGUUGAACGAGACUCAGAAAAUUCGUCAAGCGCAAAGAAUGGAGUUGAUGAAACGUAAUCACGUCGGAACGGUGAGCAAUGUAAUCACAAUUGAUGAAAGUACGCGUUCUCCUCGGGAUGAUAUGACUCCCGUUACUAGUCCCAAAGAUGAUGGUGAACCUAAGCAGCAGUCUGGUGUACCGGUCGGCGCUAACACUAGCAAUGAUUUCCGUGGUAAGAUUGCUCCAAUGGAUGCUAAACCAACCUUUCCUGGUACUGCUCCUGAUUUGAGACAAAGAGACCCACGUCGUGUUAGAGAAAGCCGCUUCAACCAACCUUUAUGGGGUAAUCGCGGGCCAGCACCCCCGGGUGGCGUGAUUACGGCACCGCCUGGACCAGUAAUUAAUCAUCGCCCACCGGGUCAAAUAUUGAAUCCCUGGGAGCAAGCACCGUUCCCGGUGAUGGAUACAAGCCUAGCCCCAGUUGGUAUUGGACCACUAUUUCCAUCAGUCGUCGUCCCACCAACGCUAGCCAACGGACCUAGAACACAGCCGAUAGUUCUACCAGCCGCACCAAAAAUGAACGAAAGUGUUCGAACGAUCAACAUUGAUGGAAUUCAGCGCGAAAUUCGCUUCUAUGACGAUAUUGCGGUUAUUUUCAUGAGCUGGGAUGAACCCAAGGAAAUCGGAUUUCAAAAAGGUUCGCGCAUGGUUACUGUUGAUGAUCGAGAUUCGUUCGAAUUGAGCUUCAAUGAGUGUUAUAAAGCUAUCACGAUUGAAGGGAAAGUUUAUCAGAUGAAGCUGGGUGCUCCAACACGGGAAUUAUACAUUGACAACAGUUGGCACGAGUGCUACUUCGGUGAUCCCCCAACCACAAUCGUUUUAGACGGCAUCAGCAGGGUGUUCAAAAUAGGCGGCCCAGCACCGCAGGUUAAAAUUGGCAAAAGUAGAAAUGAUCUAGUCGCUGGUAAAAUUAAUAUGAUAGUCAACGCAGAAACAAUAAUUCCCGUUUUCUUGGAUUCGCAAAUACAAAUGAUUGAAAUUCACGGACAGAUGCACAAGCUGCAGUUUGCUGAUUUUCUGCUUACAGUGCUGAUUAACGAUCAGCCUUUUUUGGUAGAGUAUGGAGGACUGCCGAAAGUUUUCAAGCUCAGAGGAAAAGACUACUACAUUCGUUUCACUGCCGUUCCAAAACUGGUCGUGCCAGGUCGAGUGUACAUACGGGACAUGAUUCGAACUCCCCUUCAUCGUGAUCUCCGCACACCACCACGUGAUCAGAGCAUGAUGAUGCCAUUCGUUCCACCGAUCAGUAAUAUUAUGCCCAAUAUGCCGUCACAUCCCGCUAUGUCUGGCAUAUUCUCAGCGGCUGCUGCCAUACCUCCUCCACCGCAAGCUCCCAUUCAACCAAUGGCCACCGGUUUAGACUAUCUCACCAACUUAAUGCCGCAUGCAUCACCGGCGGUAAAUGUUUCAAACAAUUUAGCUGGAUAUCAGAUUCAAAACGAAGAUAAACCAGCAGUUCCGGCUUCAGUAUCAGCUCCGCCUGCUGCUGCAACUUCCACUGGUGGAAUGAAUCUACCAAUAUUGCAAAAUAUCAACAUUGACGAGUUAUAUAAAAAGAUCGUAGCAGCGGGUAUUCUGGCUAAGUCGACCAGCACUCCACUGAGCACUUCCACUUCAUCUACAUCUGUGUCCAGCAAGUUGGAUAAAGUUUUAGAGGAUGAAUUGGAGGAAAUUGAGCCGGUGCUGCUCGGCAAACCAGACACGCUGAAACGUCGUCAAUCAGCGAUCGUUACACAACUUUUUAGUGGAAUGCAAUGCAGUAGCUGUGGUGUGCGUUUCCCACCAGAACAAACGAUGAAGUACAGCCAGCAUUUAGAUUGGCAUUUCCGUCAGAAUCGUCGGGACCGAGAUUCCGCCAGGAAAGCACACUCUCGUAAAUGGUACUACGACGUGUCCGAUUGGAUUCAAUAUGAAGAAAUUGAAGAUCUAGAGGAACGCGAGAAGAAUUGGUUUGAAACACAACAGACAGAGCAGAAUGAGUUCAACGGGGACGGUGAGCAGGCUGGACGUGCAAGUGCUGAAUCUCCGUUGCCUAGCUGUCCGGCUGGUUCGGACGACGUUGAUAAACGCUGUCACGUGUGUCACGAUGAUUUCGAGCAGUUCUACAACGAGGAAACAGAGGAAUGGCAUUUAAAAAAUGCGAUUCGCGUAGAGGAGAACACCUACCACCCAUUGUGCUAUGAAGACUAUAAGGCAUCGCUGACGCUGGACGAAUCAGCGAUGAACGCUACUAGUGAGGCUGAGCAAAGCAAAAACGAUGAGGAUGAGGAAGUCAAGAUUAAGCAGGAGGUGAUCAGUGAUCCAGAUGACACUGUCAAAGAAAUAACUAUAGACGACGACGAUGAUGUCAUUGUGUUACCACCAAGCGAGGAAGUGGUAACAGAAAUUCCCGAUGAUGAUGAUAUUGAAACGUUGGAUUCACAUUCUACGGCGGAUGGCGCACCGAACACAUCAGAAACGACGCCAAAAGAGAAUGCUGAUGAAAAAAUGGAUGUGGAUUUAGAAACAACCGAUAAGAUUCCUACUGUACCUCAAACACAAAUAGUUGUCGAAACUCGUAUCGACGACGAUCUCGCUAUCCAAGAGCCAACCAUUGAAAAUAUAACCGUCAAUGAUUUGGACGAGAGUGAGGACACUGGUAUAUCAUCAUCCAGAAUGCUCGAUGCAGCACACGGCGAGCCUGCACCGGUUAAAGUGAAAGAAGAACCAAAGGACGAUGACGAAGUGGACGAGGAGGAUGCACUGUUCGAGGAUGUUGGUACCAUCGAAUCGUCAUUGAUUCAAGAAACGCCACGAGAACUAGAAACUGUCGAUGUGGAAGCCGUUCCUUCGCCACAAGCCUCGCUAGAUAGCCCUGGCCACUCGCAGCUGAAACCAUCACUUGACGGCAACCUCGACAUGCAGGAUACCCCGGCCACAGCAGUAAUAACCAAUAGGAUAAAAAUUAAUAUCACAAAAGCGAAAACAAUCGCCAACAGCAGCAGCAGCAACGCUGCAGUAAGCAGCACUAACAGCAACGCAACCAACACUAACUCGUCGUCUCUGGGAUCUAGCAUUGCUGUUCUGAUUAGUGGCGGUAGUGGUGGGUUCAUUGAAAACGGUGCCGAUGAUUUGCUGUACGGUAAUCUGGAUGAUGUGCACGGCAAUAACGAGAACAGUCAAAACAGCAACAAUCAGUUGUUAAUGACGAUGCAUGAAGAAGAAGUUGAUGAUUCUAAUAAAAAACUGGUCGCAGCGACCGAAGAAGAACAGACUGAUAUUGCGUAUGAUUUGAAGCCAAGCUUGCAGGGUAUCGCCUUUACCCGUAAGCCCCGAGUAGAAAGCGGAUUUGAAACAUCCGGACUCUGCUCGAUAAUGUAAAAAAAAAACAAAUUGAGAAUAUGGGUGGAUGAGUAUUGAAUUAAACAUUUCAAGAGCGCUAAGAAGUUUGAAAGACAUGUGAUAAAUGCCGUUACCCGAAUAUGAAAAUAACCUACCAAGCAGGGAUCUCGGCAACGGGUUAGCGGCAGUUUAAAUGUAGACAAAAAACUAAACUACUAGCUUUAAGUGCUAAUAAGUUAGUCAAUAACUCUAAAACAAAUGAACUGUUUUAUGCUGGGAUAACAUUCUUCAAGUUUUCACAGAUCAGAUACCAGCUGACAUAGCAAGAGUGUACAUAAAACGCAAUUUUAAUUUGAACUAGUAUUAGACGUAAGAUUUGUAGUUUUGAAGAAACGAGAACGGAAAUAAAUCUGAUCCCCCUUUUCCCCUCCAGACCUGGCUAUCAAAAUGAGAAAACAUCCUCUGCGCCAAGGAAAAACGUCACUAUGAUGUUUUAAGUAAUAAAACACGGGAUUUCAGUUUUUUUUGCAUUCGAUUUGUAUAAAAGAAACAAACCUUGAAAAAUUACACUGAACGGGCAAAUUAUGCUGGUGUUUUUCUUGCGUUAGAGAAUUCGAUUAUUUAUUUCGAAAUAAGUUUACUUCAUUUAGUUAGUAACUCUGUUCAGUUAGCCAUACACAUUCAACAUCAUUCGUUGUAUAUAAUUUGUUUAGCCAAAUGUUUUUGAAGAAAUGAAUUAUUUAAUUGAAAAAAAAAAACGCGUGUGUUUUGUUUUAUAUUUUAAAUAUCUUGAGAAAAAAGUGCAACACUGGGAAUGCCGCGUUAUUAGACGGUUCUUUUGUAAGGAAUAACAAUAUAUGCAUAAAUAUACUGCAAACUAAAA